CGCCUCUCGGCUCGAGACAUGGCAACUGCGCACGGCGAUGAUCCAUGUGACAGAGAAAGAACGUGACAAAAGGUGGCAGAGAGUGACGCCGCCAAGAUCGGAGCGAGUAUUUGCCCGGGCCAGCCGGGUGUCGGGUGUGCUCUGCGUGUACGAUACCUCUCUCUUUCUCCUUCUCCCGUUCUCCUCCUCUCGUCUGAUCACUCCCUCUCCCUCUCCCUCUCCCUGUGCUACCCCCACCCUUCCGCUCUUUCAUUCUGUCUCUUUCUCGCGUGCGCGAUACUCAGCUCCGUUCUGGCGUCGACGCGAAAGAUUGGCCAUUCGCGGUGGGUAGCAGUAACGGAUACAACGACGGCAGUAGUAACGUCAACGGCAUCGGUAGAAGAAUUAGCUACGACGAUAAGAACGACAUCGACAACGGCGGUGGUGGAGGAGGAGGCGGCGGCGGCGGCGGCGGCGGCGGCGGAGGCGGCGGCGGCGGCGGAAGCAACUAACAACAACGACGGAAGGAAAGAAAGAAAAAGGAGUAGUGGCGACAACGACGACGAUUCGUAGGUCGCGCAAAGGCGCGAUACCGAUCCUUGGGACGGUAUCGUAAGGAGGAAGGACGGUAUCGUCGCGAGCCGAAGCAACGUUAUCGAGAGGACGAUCGAAUCGUCAAGAAUGAGCCUGGAAACGUUGCUGGAAGCGGCGCGCUUCGUCGAGCAGCAGGAGAAGAAGAGGGAGCGCGUCGCGAGCAGUUCCUCCUCCUCCUCCGAUCACCCGCUCGCCGUCGCUCCCCACUCUAACCAUCACAAUUCUACCGAGCCACGUGGUGUCAAAUUGAAAAGGGAUCGUGCCGAGCCAGAUGAAUUUCUUUGCGAAGAAAAAAUGCUCAUCAUCGAUGGUACUUCGGGGGCGGAUUCGAGGAACGACGACGACGACGACGACGACGACGACGACGACGACGACGACGACGACGACGACGACGACGACGACGAUGGCGACGGCGACGGCGACGACGACGACGACGACGAUGCGGACAAAGACGAGAAAGACGGCAAUGACGUUGUCGUCGAAAGUAAAGAGAGCAAUAACAAUGUCAGCGGUCUCAGGAACGCGAAUAAUCUCUCAUCGACGCAGGUCGUCGGUAUAAUCGAUGUAGUCGUCAAGGACGAACCUAUACGUAACUGGAUGUGCCCUCCGCCCAAGAAAAAAUGGAUACGACACUAUUUCCUCGAGGAGGAGCCGUUGGAAAAUACCAGAACAAAUGGGAAUCAUACGAGCGUUUCUGCCCGAGGGAGUCCGGUGAUCGCAAAUUCCCGCGCCACGCCGCCGGUCGCGAACGUCAAUCUCACCAGUCACGUAAAUGCUCUUCAUUCUGCCUCUCAUCAUCAUCAUCACCAUCAUCAUCACCAUCAUCACCAUCAUCAUCAUCAACAGCAGCAGCAGCAACAACAACAACAACAACAACAACAGCAGCAACAACAAAUACAACAGCAACAACAGCAAUCACCGGCGCCACCACCGGCGCCGCAGUAUCAACAGCAACAACUUCAUCAUCAUCAUCAUCAUCAUCAGAAUAAUCAUAACACGACGCAAAAUCAUUACUUGGAGAAUCACAAUUCGAAUCACUCGCAGCAAAGCGUCGGCAAUCUCGUCGUUGACGUGGAAACUGGUCACGACAAUAAGAAACACAGAAAUGGGCCGUGCGUGAUUCGAUCUGGUACAAGAGAGGUACACAACAAGUUGGAGAAAAAUCGAAGAGCGCAUCUAAAGGAAUGUUUCGAGCUGCUCAAGAGACAGUUACCGUCGCAAGAUGAAAAAAAGUCGUCGAAUCUUUCUAUUUUACACGCGGCCAUCAGACAUAUACAGGCGCUGAGAAGAAAAGAGCGCGAGUACGAACACGAGAUGGAAAGGCUGGCGAGAGAAAAGAUUGCGGCGCAACAGAGGCUGGUCGCUUUGAAGAAGGAGCUCGCGGCAACGUGGGAUCACAUCGACUUCAAUACUCUACUGCCAGAACAGAAUUCGUCCACGGAAGCUGCGGCAACGAAAAAUGUUCCAGAAAGCAUGGAAUUCGAGGUGGCCGGUCUUGCGCGCGGCGGCACCAGAUACAGCAGUACGAGCAGUCUUAGCAGCGCUGCGACGGCUAGCUCGCCGCAAGCGCUUCAAACAACGAACACGAGUUCCAAUAUCCACAAUCAAGUAGCUACGGCCGCCGUAGUCUGUCAAACGCAGGGAUUGAAUCUUGCUCAAAGUUCGAGGGAAAGUCCACCGGCGAGCUCGAGUCCUGGCGUGGGACCCGCAGGGACGCCUACCAUUCCUACUCCGGCCCAGGAGAAAGUGGCGACGUCGCCCACGAAUUUGGUGCAACAGUCUCAUCUGCAUCUACCGAUAAGCGCCCAAAUGUUAAACACGGGUCAAGGACUGGCGACGAUCGUGCCGACCCUUUCGCAUAUCGGCCCUGGUCUCAGGGUGAUACCCGGCGACACCAGGCAGUUGCUCGUUACGCAUGCCGCCGCCGCUGCCGCCGCCGCAGCCGCAGCCGCCGGUGCUAACAAUGAAUCCCGGCCGCUCACGUUGGCCGUGCAAAAUUCUUCGGAUCAAUCGAGACCGCUGAUUGCCGUGCAAUCCAACACUGGAAGCGAGCCAAGGCCCGUGGCGCUGGUCGUUCACUCGUCCACGGCUAACGACAAUCGUGUGACGUUCGUGCAUUCUAAUCUGUCGAACAACGAUAGACCGUUGGCUCUCGCAGUGCAAUCGUCCGCGAGCGACGUCAGACCCGUUACGUUCGUACAUUCUGGAAACGAAGGAAGACCGUUGGUUCUUACCGCUCACUCUCCCGCUUUAAACGUCUCCAAUGCCCAAACGAGAAUCAGAACGGGGGAGACGACGCAAACCGCGCAUAAGAUGGUCGGAGGGGUGACGCUGGUCGGUGGAAACGGUUCGGAGCUAACCAGACUUCCCGGUGGCGCAGAAUUGAACAUUCUCCCCGCAAACGGAUUGACCUUGAGCCACGCGGGAGUCUCGCUCCAAACAACGACGGGAAAGGCGGGUUCGACAGUGAUGCAAAAUGCUCCGUCCACAGAAAGUAUAGCUCACAUAGUCGGCCAACAUACUCCUCUUUCCGGUCUGACGCCGAUAGUCACGCCGAUGACCGUGGUCUCUCAAGGGAAUCAAGUGACCGCUCACAUUCUGGCACCGUCGAGUCUUGCGGGAAAAAUGAUUACCACUCCCAUUCUCAAGUCCGUGGGACAAAUGCCGCUCGUAAAUGCUCAGUACCUUAAUACCACGACAUUGGUCAAGCCGGUGGUCGUCGUCAGUUCUCCAUCGAAUUCCACUUCACCGUCUACGACGACGGCGUCUAUCACGCAACCUUCCUCGACCUCGCAUUCAACCGUCUGACAGAAUCAAAGGAAGAUCAAGUUAGUUUGAGGAAAGGUUACUUUACAUUGGACACCGAUGCGCGCGACUCACUUCCAUCGCCCUUUUGUCCUGUUCCUGUACGUUCGCUGGCACUUGUAACGCGUUUGUCCCGUUCGCGGUAUUCCUUAGCAUCUAUCGGUCGAAGUGACGGCUAUUGCGACUACGAUUUCAAUCGAAACGAUAAAGCGAUCGUAGUAGAGCUACGUGGGUUCUACGAGUCUUGAGAAAAUAAUAUUUUGCGCUUCGAUCCUAUAUCAUUGACAUCGAACGAGUUUGUCUAUUUUCCAUCUUUACUUACGUUUCUUUCGUUUUCUUUUUCUUCCUUUUCUUU